AUGGCGCUACCCUGCCUGGCGCUCGCGUUGCUCGUGUUGGUGGCCACGAGGGACCCCGCCAGAGGGAGGUUGGAAGCAGGCCUACAGGAGCACUUUCGAGCGGGGGGCGAGUACAACGAGCGGCUGAACCUGAACGGCCUGCGCAUGCUCGCCAAGAGCCCGACCGUGCUCCUAGUUCUUGUCCAGGGGAUUCCCGGCACCUUGCCGUGGGGGGUGAUUACGGUAUUUCUUCCUGAUUAUCUUCACAAGCAGAGAGGCAUGUCGAUUAAGACGGCAACGGUGGUCGGCAUGAUGUUCGGUGCGGCUACCGUGGCGGGCCAGGUGGUGGGGGCAAAGGUCGGCCAGAGCCUGUACAACCGACGGCCUAGGAAUCAGGCCCUACUCAUGGGGAUGUCGACCAUCGCGGGGACCCUGCCUUGCGUCAUGAUGAUCCGGUACUCUGGAGGCGUCUUCGGCGUCUACGCGGUGUACGCGAUGGCGGGGGGGUUCCUGGCCGCCAUGACGGGGCCGAACAUCAGAUCGGUGUUGAUGAACGUCACCCUUCCCUCCACGCGAGGGACAGCUUUCGGAGUCUUCAAUGUCUUCGACGACCUGGGCAAGGGCCUCGGCCCGGCAAUGGUGAGCCUUGUCGUGGCGAGCAGGGGGAGGGAGGAUGCUUUCACGCUGGCCAUCCUGGGGUGGCUCGCCUGCGGGACGAUGCUCCUGGCCAUGGCUCUCACGGUACAUCGCGACGAGCAAAAGGUGCACUUCCACCUGGCGGAGUAUUGA